AGUGAAGACGCCUUUCAUCAGCUGUUGGGCCGCACUAGUCCGAGCGAGCCAGUCCUGGGAAGUUGACCAGGGCCUGUUCUGUUGACCUUCGACGCCGUUUUCGAGGUUAACGGUCUCGGAUCUUCACAAACCAUGCCAUACAACUACGGGCCUCCCCCACCGCCGCCACCGAGCGCCGGCCCCGGGAGUUAUCCGUCGUAUGGCCCUCGCGGAGGUCAUAGUGGUAGAGGUCGGACCGGAUCGGACCGGGGUGGCUACCACCAACCGCAACCGGGAUACAGUUACGGCCAGCAGCCUACCUACGGCCCUCAAACUCCCGCCCCAUACCCCAGCCCUCCGCAGCCCGGCUACCCCCAGCUGCCGCAUCAAGCUUGGCACUCGGAACAUAGCCAGCAACACCCGCCACAAGGCGGACCGCACGCGCCGCUACCUGUCCAGAACUAUCACCCGAAUUAUGCUCCUCAGGUGUACCACCAACAGCCGCCAUAUGGUGGUCAGCCCCAAUACCCACCAGCUCCUCAGCCGCCCUACGGCCAGCCCUAUCCGGGUCCCGCGCCUCAACCUGGUCCUCCGGUCCAGCAAUGGGGCGCGCCGUCUCAACCCCACCCGGUUCCCGGAGCAUACGGUGGUGGCGGACGUGGUGGGCGCAGCGGCUACAACGAUCGAUCCGGGCCCAAGGGGCAGCUGAUGGGACCCCCGAUCCGGAUAGGAUUUGAUGGCAACAGUUCUCCGCCGACGGCCGCUCCAGUGAGCACUCCAUAUCCAUACGGCGGGCCUCCUGCUCCUCCGGCUCCGUACCCUGCUCCCUACCAAGGCUAUCCGCCUCCCGCACCAUACAUGCCUCCCGCGCCGCCAUUUGAUGCCCAUUCUGGUCGCGGCCCUCGUCAACACGGCCGCGGUGGCUUUCACCAUUCCAAGCCCCGGCACCUUGGCGGCGAUAAAAGUCGCAGCCGCAACCAGAAUCAAAACAAAGGACCGAGCGCCCAGACGCCGCCUAUCCAGCAUCAGAAGCCUGAUGCAGCAUCUGCGGGCAAGAAAAAGAAGCGCAAGACCAACACCCUGGGCCUGACACCCGGGGAUGACUCUGAUGAGGAUGACGAGAACGAGGAGGAGCGCCUUAAUGAGAUGAUUGGCGCUGAAGCUCCUAACCCCAAGACCUCGUCCGAGAUUGCCGCGUGGAUCGCCGAGCGUCGUGCCAGGUUUCCAACGAAAGCCAAGAUCGAAGCCGCCAAGGCUGCGGCGAAGGCUCAGAAUGGCGAUGCACACGAUGCCAGGGACAGCGCCCUAGAGAAGAGGGCCGAGAAACUGAGAAAGCAACUAGAGAAGGUCGAGUCGAGCAUCAAGCGAAAGCGUGAACAGCAAGAUGAAGGGGACGACAUGAGGGACGUUGACUUGAGCUCGUCCCCCUCCAGCGAUGUCAACUCGGAUGACGAGAAGCCUGAAGUCUUGUCGGCUCGUCACGAGCCGAGCAACGUCCCUCCCCCGCCCAGAAAAGCGGACCCCACCAAGCAUUGCAAGUACUACUCCACCGGAGGCACAUGUGGCAAGCGGGGCAAGUGCCGCUUUGUCCACGACCCAGCGGUUCGGGAAGCUGCGCUGAGAGAGCGCGAGUUGAACGGUGGCCGCAUGACGUUGCAGCAACGUCUCAUUCUGAAUGAUAAUGACCAAGAAGACCUGGCUAUCGUGGAGACGCUCAAGUAUCUCCAGGAUAAGGGCGUGCUCCCGAAGAAGGCCUCGGGCGCUCCGAUGGGAGAUCAGCCGUCUGAUGCGUACACCGCUGCCCACGCCGAUGAACACUCUUCCCCGGCGUCUGAGGGGCCAAGGAAUGACCUCCCGCCUAUUCCGCCUACCAACGUCUCGACAGACGAUCAUUCAGCCAAGUACCCCGGUUGGAACCUGAGCGGCUUUGGCAACACAGGCGUCGGGCCGAGCGAAUAGCGAUCCGGGCCCCGGGCCUCAACCCUGCCUCACCGGCGUGCUUGGCGACUCCCUCCACUGAAACCUAGAUGGGUUGAACUAAGGCGUCGACCCGCAUUCUACAGGGCACACCACCACUGACGGAGUGUUUGUGUUUUCUGGGUGUCCCCUCAGCGGGAAGUUGGUCAAUUACUCGCUCUAACAUGUCCUACUACAUUAUACGUCUGCUGCCUGGCUGCCUCGCCAUAGUUCAAGGCUGCCCCUGACAGUGUCGGGGCCA